AGGGAGUUUAAAAGAAUCAGUCUGUGAGAUAGACACGCUUGUGGCAACUAAAUUUGUCAGUUGAAGUUUUCAGUAACUUCGAUUCUGGAUCCACAGCACCACUGAUAAUAAUGAUGUUCUGCAGAGCGACUUGGCAAAGGCUUGCGCCUCUGGCACGCAAAACACUAACUCCUUUCGGCAAUGCUGUAUUCCCUACACGACAGAUGUCCUUUGGUCUACCGGCGUCCGGCACAAACAUAGCUUACGUGGUACUUGGUGGAAGCUCACUUACUGCUGCUCUUGUUUAUGCUUAUAAGACAAUAAAUUCUGACAGUGCAAGAUAUAAUGAAAGAAUUGCUCAACUCGAGGCCAGACCUAAAAGUGAGGAGGGAGCAGUGGCCGAGGUAGCCUCGGUAGCAGAAGCAGCUGCGGUUGUGGAAACCACAGCAGCUGAGGUGAUUAAUGCAGAGGCUAAACAGACCCCAGAACCUGUGGAGGCAGCAACUGCGAUUGUAGAAGCAGUAGCAGCGGAUGCACCUGAUGUUGAGGAUGUCACUGCUGAGGCUGCUGCUCCCAUUGCUGAAACAACCGUUAUCUCAAUGUCUGACCUACUGAGCACUGUGAAAGUCCUGGCUGGAUCUACAGCAGAGAUUGCAGCUGCUUCAGUCGGUGAUCAGCACCUGGUGGCCGCAGUGAGAUUGGCUGAGGAAAACAAUUCUAUGGAGACCCUCAAUGGGCUGGAGGUUGCUGAUGUUAAAGCAGAGGUCCCAGCAGAAGUGCCUGAGGGAGCUGUGGUUGAGGAGGCCAUGAUAGGUAGAUUGAAUCUGAAAACAGAAGGAAAAGAACUGGAGGAACUGCCAUCAUCACUUCAUGCAGUAGAAGAAACUAUUGUUGUGGCAGAUGACCAUGUCAAGUCUGAGGCAGACAGUCCUGCUGUGCCUGAAGUUAAUGUUGAAAGCCUUGCUUCAUCAGAGGAGGCCCUUGUUACAGAGAUGGAGAACAUUUUGGAAUUGGAAGACUCAACAAGCCCUGUGGUGAUGCUCUCAGAAGAUGACACCGUCUCUGGAGCUGCAGAGUUGACAUCAGAAACAGUCGAGGAUGUAGGUCAGAAAAUGGAAGAAUGUAAAGCGUUGUGUCAUGAGCCAACUGCCACAGAAACAGAACAUGCAGAUCUCACAGCACCACCAGCAGAGCUGGAGGACUCAUUACAGGCUACAGGUGCAACAGAGGCUGCAGAAGAAGUUAUUGUCGUGGAAAUGAUGCAGGAUGCUGUGGAGAAAGCUAAACCUGUUGAAGCAUCAGAUGAAGCUGUUGAAAGUGGAAAUGUUGCAAUGACCAUGACACAAGCCUGAAGUGAAUGCACCUGAGACACUGAAAACGAGUGAAACUAAAUAAUCUGAUGUAAUACAUGCUGAAGUUAACAUAUAGUGGUGCUGUUACAGCCAUAAAAAAGACCUCUAAAUGACUUUUUUGUUUCCAACUGAAUCGCAAAUUUGGUGAAUGACUAUGGUCUCCUUAAUUUUGUUAUUUCAUCUGAAAAUGAGUCCGUUGAAACUGUUUUGAGUUUAAUUUAUCUAAUUUUGUGUCUCUGGAAAAUAGUGAUCUGUGACACUGUAUUAUGCUUAAUAUCAAAGGUUUUGUGGGCACAUUCAUGUUGUUAGAUUGCUUUUUAUUUUAAAGUGAAAAGAUAAAAUUAGAAUUAGGGCAGAAGGUCCCAACUGGCAUGUUGUUGAUAGUGCUUAUUGGAAUUCAUUAGGUUAUUAUUCAGUUAUUCCGUUAUACACAAAAUAUUGUAAACAUGCAUUGCAUUAAGGUUUUUUUUUUUUUUAAAUGUGUAAUCGAAA